UAGCCUCCUAUUAUUAAGGGAAAUUACUUAUUUUUAUUCAUUUAACAAUUUUUUAUGUUAAAAUUAGUUAUUCUAUUUAAAAUCUCCGCAGCACUAGUUGGAAAACCAAAACCCUAAAAAGGGUUUCGCCGCCGGAAUUGGUUUCCCAUAUCGCUUUUCUUACACACAACCCACCACCACUCUUCAGCUCACUGUUCUUUUACGUCCUCCGGCAACACCUUAUUUUGUCGCGGUUUUCUGCAAUUUCAAUGUGAAAUAAUGUUGACAAACUCUAAUUUAUGGUUCUUCAAUUGAUGAUGAAAUAGUUGAAUAUUUAUGGCUCUUUCAUGGUUGAUCAAUCAUAUUUUUGGUUUGUUUGGUAUAAAGAGAUGUUCUUGUUUGAAGGUUGAUGGCCAAAGAUUGGGUUUUUAGGGGUUUAGAUUAUGAAUUUUUCAGGCUGUAGUUUUCUAUAUAUGAGUUCUUGAGUGUUCAGCUUAUAGACUAUGAAGUUUUGGUUUUGUAGGUUUUUUUGGGAUUUUUAGGGGUUGUGGAAUGAGUGAAUAGGCGUGGUUUGUGAAGAUGUUGUCUGAAUUGGGUAGGAGACCAAUGCUUGGAGAUAAUGAACAUUCGUUUGGAGAUGAAUUUGAGAAGGAGAUAGGAGUAUUGCUUCGUGAACAGCGGCGACACGAAGCCGAUGAUCGUGAAAAGGAGCUGAACUUGUAUAGAAGUGGGUCAGCCCCACCCACUGUUGAGGGUUCAUUGAAUGCAGUUGGUGGGUUGUUUAAUCAUGGUGGCGACGGCGGUGAUAGCAGUGAUGGUGCUGCCUUUUUGGAGUUUGCUCGGACUAAGAGUGGUAAUGGGUUUAUGUCUGAGGAGGAGCUUAGGUCUGAUCCUGCUUAUUUAUCUUACUAUUAUUCGAAUGUGAAUCUAAACCCUAGGUUGCCACCACCUUUGUUGUCGAAGGAGGACUGGCGGUUUGCACAGAGGUUGCAAGGAGGAAGUUCAGCGAUUGGAGAUAGGAGGAAGGUGAAUAGGAAUGAUACUGGUGCUGGUGGGAUAUCAUUGUUUUCGAUGCCACCAGGGUUUAGUUCGAAGAAACAAGAUAGUGAGAAUGACUCGCAGAAACUGCAAGUUUCAGCUGAAUGGGGUGGCGAUGGGCUAAUUGGUUUGCCUGGGAUAGGAUUGGGUACCAGACAGAAGAGCCUUGCUCAAAUAUUUCAGGAUGAUUUAAACCUUGCAACUCCUGCAUCUAGACACCCUUCUCGUCCAGCUAGCCGUAGUGCUUUUGACGACAAUGCUGAAAUCUUAAAUCCUGCUGAAACUGAGCUGGAUCAACUGCAUCGCAGUUUGGCAACUGUAGAGACUUUGCGAUCUAAUGCAAAUGUUCAGAGUGUAUCUGCUGCCCAACUUGUUGGCCAACCUGCAUCGUAUUCGUAUGCUGCUGCUCUGGAUGCUUCCCUGUCAAGAAGCACUACCCCUGAUCCCCAUCGCAUUGCUAGAGCUCCUAGUCCUAGCCUUACUCCUAUUGGCGCUGGGAGAGCAGGCAAUUCAGAAAAGAGAGGUGUUAAUAGUCCAAUCUCUUUUAACAGUGUCUCCUCUAAUGUUAGUGAGUCUGCAGAUUUGGUAGCUGCAUUAUCUGGCAUGAAUCUGUCAAAUGGUGUAAUAGAUGAAGAGAGGCAUUUGGCAUCUCAGAUGGAACAAGAUGUUGAUGACCACAAGAAAUAUCUUUUCAAUCUUCCAGGUGGUCAGAAUAAUGUGAAGCAACAUUCAUACCUAAAGAAAUCUGAAUCUGGGCAAUUGCAUAUGUCUUCUGUGCCUCAGUCGGCAAACAUUUCCUACUCCAACCCUAGUGCGAGCAAUGGGGUUGGGUCACGCUUACGUGAACCUUCUCUCCAAGCAAAGCUUCACAAAUCUGGUGUUUCUUUGAAUAAGUCAGACCUAGAAGGAUCUUCUGCCUCUCCUCUUCAUGGUGGAGGCGGCUUACUUUCACACUAUCAGCUUGUGGAUGGUGCAAAUUCUUCAAUUUCAAACUAUGGUUUAAGUGGUUACUCCAUUAAUCCAAUGUCCACCCAUCUUGGCAAUAAUAAUCUUCCUCCUUUAUUUGAAAAUGCUGCUGCAUCGGCUAUGGCUGCCCCUGGAAUGGACCCAAGAUUGUUGUUGGGAUCAAAUUUAAACUCUGCAGCACCAGAACAGAAUUUGAACCGAAUCGGGAACCAGAUGGCAGGGAGUGCUCUCCAGACACCUUUUAUGGAUCCAAUGUAUCUUCAGUAUUUGAGAACAGCUGAGUAUGCAGCACAGUUCGCAGCUAUUAAUGAUCCUUCUAUGGAUAGAAAUUAUCUGGGUAAUUCAUAUAUGGACUUACUUCAGCAAGCUUACCUUGGAGCUCUUCCGUCUCCUCAGAAAUCACAAUAUGGUGUUCCCUUGGUUAGCAAGACUAGUGGUUCAAAUCAUCAUGGUUAUUAUGGAAAUCCUGCAUUUGGAGUUGGCUUGGCAUACCCUGGCAGUCCCUUGGCAAGUCCUGUCUUUCCUAACUCUCCUGUAGCCCCAGGUAGCCCUAUGAGGCAUAGUGAAUUCAACAUGCGGUUUCCUUCCGGGAUGAGAAACUUAGCUGGGGGUGUCAUGGGACCCUGGCACUUAGAUAAUAUGGACAGUAGCUUUGCGUCCUCUCUUCUGGAAGAGUUUAAGAGCAAUAAGACCAAGUGUUUUGAACUUUCAGAAAUAGCCGGCCAUGUGGUUGAGUUCAGUGCUGAUCAGUAUGGGAGCCGAUUCAUUCAACAAAAACUUGAAACUGCCACAACUGAGGAGAAAAUCAUGGUUUACCAGGAAAUUAUUCCUCAAGCUCUUACUUUGAUGACUGAUGUGUUUGGUAAUUAUGUGAUCCAGAAGUUCUUUGAGCACGGAAUGGCAACCCAGAGGAGAGAAUUGGCUACCAAACUUUUUGGGCAUGUAUUAACACUUAGUCUUCAAAUGUAUGGUUGCCGAGUGAUACAGAAGGCAAUAGAAGUGGUUGAUUUGGACCAGAAGAUUAAAAUGGUUGAAGAGCUUGAUGAUCAUGUCAUGCGCUGUGUACGUGAUCAGAAUGGGAACCACGUCAUCCAAAAGUGUAUCGAAUGUGUUCCUGAAGACCAUAUUCAAUUCAUUGUCUCAAUAUUUUUCGAUCAAGUUGUGACUCUUUCUACCCAUCCAUAUGGUUGCCGUGUGAUACAGAGAGUGCUAGAGCACUGUGUGGACCCAAAAACCCAGAGUAAAGUGAUGGACGAGGUUCUAGGGGCUGUAAGUCUGUUGGCACAAGAUCAAUAUGGCAAUUAUGUUAUUCAGCAUGUACUGGAGCAAGGAAGACCACAUGAGCGGUCUGCUAUAAUUCAGGAAUUAGCGGGGAAGAUAGUUCAGAUGAGUCAGCAGAAGUUUGCCUCCAAUGUUGUGGAGAAGUGCUUAACUUUUGGUGAUCCUACUGAACGUCAACUCCUGGUGAGUGAGAUGCUUGGCACAACAGAUGAAAAUGAGCCUCUUCAGGCAAUGAUGAAAGAUCAAUUUGCAAAUUAUGUUGUACAGAAAGUAUUGGAAACUUGUAAUGAUCAGCAACGUGAACUGAUCCUCUCCCGGAUAAAGGUUCAUCUGAAUGCACUGAAGAAAUACACAUAUGGAAAGCAUAUCGUUGCUCGUGUAGAAAAACUUGUUGCCACUGGGGAAAGGAGAAUUGCUGCUCAGUCCCCACCGCCUGCUCAGACACUGUAGGAAAGAAAGAAGUUGUACAGCUAACUGAGGCUAGUUUGAGUCCCGGCAUCUAGUGCUGUUGCUCUACCUAUCUCUAAGAAAGGUAUGGGCUUAUUGCAAAUAAAGUUGUUGCUUGUACACUGUACAUUGUGUAGUUUACAGUUUAUACAUAAAAUCUAGGCUCGGAUGUUUGAUGUUCCUUGAUGCCCGUGCAGAGGAGAUAUAAUGAUGAUACAAGUUUUUAAGGAUGUAAAAAUGAUGAAAGGGUGAGGUAGUUUAUAAUGUAACGCUAUUGUACAACUGUUGCCAUGUUGAGAGUUGAUGUUUUAGUUGAGGCUGAAAUUUUCAUAUAUGGUAUUGACAAUUUUCUGAUGUGGCCAAGUAUAUGCUUAGGUCUCUUGAUCUGUCUAUACCCUGCUAGAUUGUUUUGCUGUUUAAUUCAUGCAUUUGGUAGAUUUUC